AUGAAAUUAUCUGAUCCUCCGCCGGCUUCCGAUAUGCCGUCUUCCUCCGCCGUCCAAUUUGUCACCGCCUGCGUCUUCCUUCUUCUCGUCUCCCUUCUCUCUCCGGUUUUGGCCUCCGAGUCAGAUCAUAAGUAUCAAGCUGACGAGCAGGUUACUCUGUGGGUGAACAAAGUUGGCCCAUAUAAUAAUCCACAAGAAACAUAUAACUAUUACAGCCUCCCGUUUUGCCGCAAAAAUGAAAACAGCAUUCACAAAUGGGGUGGUCUUGGUGAGGUCCUUGGUGGAAAUGAGCUCAUCGACAGCCAGAUAGACAUAAAGUUCCAAAAAAAUGUUGACAGAAGCGUGAUCUGUCAAUUGGAACUUAAUGAAGCGAAGGUCAAGCAUUUCAAAGAUGCCAUCGAAAAUAGUUACUGGUUUGAAUUAUUUAUGGGCUUUGUGGGCGAGCUGCCUCCUGGCAAAAAUAAUGAAAACGGCAAGCAUGUUCUUUACACCCAUAAGAAUAUUAUUGUCAAAUACAACAAAGACCAGAUUAUUCAUGUGAAUCUCACACAAGACAAUCCAAGGCCCUUAGAAGCAGGGAGAACAGUGGACUUGACAUAUUCUGUGAAAUGGAUCCCAACCAAUGUCACAUUUGCUCGUCGUUUCGAUGUUUAUCUAGACUAUCCUUUCUUUGAACACCAGAUCCAUUGGUUCUCCAUCUUUAACUCGUUCAUGAUGGUUAUCUUCCUCACUGGUUUGGUUUCAAUGAUAUUGAUGAGGACUCUCAGAAAUGAUUAUGCGAAAUAUGCUCGGGAAGACGACGACCUGGAGAGCCUGGAACGAGAUGUAAGUGAAGAAUCUGGAUGGAAACUCGUGCAUGGAGAUGUGUUCCGACCACCACGUAGUCUGGUUCUUCUCUCAGCUGUUGUUGGCACAGGUGCACAGUUGGCUUUGCUUGUUCUUCUUGUCAUAUUAAUGGCUAUCAUUGGGACACUUUAUGUUGGGAGAGGCGCAAUCGUCACAACUUUCAUUGUUUGCUACGCUCUGACGUCAUUUAUCUCUGGUUACGUGAGUGGUGGAAUGUACUCAAGAAGCGGGGGAAAACAUUGGAUCAAGUGCAUGAUCCUCACGGCUUCCCUCUUCCCAUUCUUGUGCUUCGGGAUCGGAUUCCUCCUAAACACAAUCGCCAUAUUCUACGGAUCUCUUGCGGCUAUUCCCUUUGGAACAAUGGUGGUUGUCUUCGUAAUUUGGGGUUUCAUCUCGUUCCCUCUCGCCCUCCUCGGGACAGUCGUCGGUAGAAACUGGAGUGGUGCUCCGAACAAUCCAUGCCGCGUGAAGACAAUCCCACGUCCGAUCCCUGAGAAAAAAUGGUACUUGACUCCAUCAGUAGUCUCUCUAAUGGGAGGUCUCUUACCCUUUGGCAGCAUCUUCAUUGAAAUGUACUUCGUCUUCACAUCCUUCUGGAAUUACAAGGUGUACUACGUGUACGGGUUCAUGCUGCUUGUGUUUUUGAUUCUUGUUGUGGUAACUGUCUGUGUGACGAUUGUGGGAACAUACUUCUUGUUAAAUGCUGAAAACUAUCACUGGCAAUGGACAUCGUUCUUCUCUGCUGCUUCCACUGCUGUUUAUGUCUACUUAUACUCGAUCUAUUACUACUACGUAAAGACCAAGAUGUUUGGGUUUUUCCAGACCAGCUUCUACUUCGGAUACACCUUGAUGUUCUGUCUCGGCCUCGGAAUCCUUUGUGGAGCUGUUGGGUUCUUAGGAUCGAAUCUGUUUGUUAGAAGAAUCUACAGAAACAUCAAGUGCGACUAGAGCGAGAGAGAGAGAGAGAGAGUUACGGAGCGAAGAAAAAGCGGGAAAGAUGAAUGUGGAAUGUUCUUGGAGGCAGUUAAUUUCUGUUAGAAAGAAGCUUCUUACGGGUUUAGAUUUAUAUAAGCAAAGGGAAAGUGGGAAAGAGUGAAGAGGGAGGUUGUAUGGUUGAUUCAGAAUCCAACUUAUAUUAUAAUUCUUCUUGAAAAUGUCUUUUCUUUAUAUAUUUUUUGGCUAGGGGGAGCUUUUAAUUGUGUUUUCUUCUUUUUUUUGUUUUUUUUUUGUUUAAUCUCCCCUUUUAGUAAAGUGGAAUCUCCUCUAUUUAAUUUAGAAUUCAGAGACACACUGUUGGUUUUAGAAUCCAGAAAACCAAAUUCUAGUUUUGUUUUAAAAACUAAAAUACCAAGAAUAAAAUUAAAAAACGUUAUCUUUU